CCAAAGUCUGUGCCCACCUCGAAAUCCUCGAAUCUCGACAGUAUAGUUCAAUUUGUUCAACCUUGUCAUGCUUUGAAAGUGAAAUAAGGAUAAUAUCUUCGAGUCUCAAAGAGAAAAAGAAAGAAGUGACCCCCGCAUUGAUUGUACAAACGUAUUUUUCCUGACAUCUCAUCCAUGAUCUAAUUAAGAGAUAAUUUACAAAUAACAUCAUCAAGUUGAUGGUAUUCCAUUUCAAAGUGUCAAUUUAAUGAAUUGCGGUAAUUAACGUUGCACGAUUUAAAAAUUUGAGAAUAACAAUUUGCGACAAAACAAACAUGGAUGACGAAACAUUAAAUAGACUAGCAGCAGAAGCUUUAUUGGAAGAAGCCAGACUUGGUGCGCGAAGGGCCGAAAUAAUGGGUCCCAGUGGAUGGGUGAAACCUAAAGAAACCGUUAACAAGAGAUUUCUUCAUUCAACGUUACGAAAUGCAGUGAUAUCAAACAAGCACCGAUCUCUGAAGCAAGAAAAAGUAAAAAUUCAACCACGUAAAGACACUAUUAAAAAGUCGUAAUGCAGUAUUGUUUUUCGCGUAUGUAUUUAUAUAUGUUUCCGGUAUACAUCUUUAACAAUUUCUCAUUUGUUGUUAAGAGAGAGGGGAAGAGAUGUGCAAAAGAUGUUUAAAUAUUGUUACUAUAUAAAGUAAACGACUGUA